AUGACGAUUGUGUUCGGGUGGCGGCACACAGGGACCAACUCCGUCGUGCCGAUUGCGACCGCAAUGCCCGCAUCAACCGAGUGGGUGGCAUUUGGCAAAGCCACGUCCUUGUUCACGCUGGACUUGACCGAGUUUUUGGUCACGAUGGACACGUAUGCCGACCGCAUCCAUCGCCAUUACGACGACGGAGGGCAUUUGCGACCGACCACGCCACAGGGCCAACCCGUGCCAGUACGCCACAAGUUGCCCCCGCUCUUGAGCUCCAAAAGCAAGCGCUUCAUCCGUCGUCCACUGAUCGGCAAUUCAACGGAUCGAACUGAGCGUCCCCCGGCAUCGCAUUCCAUAACCCCAUCGCACACAACGAAACCAACAACAUCCAACUGGUUUUGGGGAACCUGUUCGGAAUGUGCGCUCCCAGGGCGAAUCUCGUGCAGUGAUUGCAACAUUCUGCUGUGUCUGAGUCAUGGCGCGUCGCACGCCGUGACGCACUUGCAUCCUCCUAGUACUCUGUCAAAUCAACAAGAUGAAUCGUUGGGACAACAAGGACUUGGCGGUCCAAACUCAGGUGACAAGUCAACAACGAGUUUGCAGCUCAAGCCAAUUCCACGCAUCACCAAUCGCAAGACCGAGUCGUGCAGGGUCAUGUGA